UGACCAGGCCGGGGCGUGGCGGGAGAACCCAAGCUCCGCCCGACAUGACUCCGCCCCCAGCUGGAGGGAAACAAGCGAGCGUGCGCGCCUCCGGGGUCUCCUGGGAGGAGUAGUUCUCCCGGGCCCUCUGCGCGGACUUCUGGGAAAUGUAGUUUCUGAUCUGUAGGCAGGACGGAAGGCGCGGGGGAGGCCCCUUACGCAAACUACAAUUCCCGGCGGGGAGCGCAGUGAAGGGGGGUGGGACCUGAACAUGGCGGCGGUGGUAGCUGCAACGGCGCUGAAGGGCCGGGGGGCAAGAAAUGCCCGCGUCCUCCGGGGGAUUCUCUCUGGAGCCACAGCUAACAAGGCUUCCCAGAACAGGACCAGAGCACUGCAGAGCCACAGCCCCCCGGAGUCCAAGGAGGAACCUGAGCCCCUCUCUCCUGAGCUGGAAUACAUUCCCAGAAAGAGGGGCAAGAACCCCAUGAAAGCUGUGGGACUAGCCUGGGCCAUCGGCUUCCCCUGCGGUAUCCUCUUCUUCGUCCUCACCAAGCAGGAAGUGGACAAGGACCGUUUGAAGCAGAUGAAGGCUCGGCAGAACAUGCGGGUGGCCAACACGGGCGAGUAUGAGAGCCAGAGGUUCAGGGCUCCCUCCCAACAAGCCCAGUUCCCUGAAACAGGGUCUGGGGUACCAAACUGAGUGAGGAUCACUGCAUCCUUGUACUAAUCCAUUGACUGGAGUCCUGUGUGGCUAAUUGUGGUCAUUUCCUUGAAGCCCACCAGAGGGCGCAUGAUGCUCCAGCUGCGGCCAGCACCCACCUCUUCAACAGAGGAACCAGCCAAAAGCAAAUAAAGUUAUUAAAUACUGGCA